AAGAGGGCUGAGUGCGCGGCUCACCAACAGCCCAGUUACAAUGAACAACAUUCAUUGUAACUCUGCAAUCCGCAUCCCUACGUGGGUCCUUAGUUUUCCUGCCCAAUCGGUGGCACUUGUCUCGAAGAGCCAGACCCAGGGGCCACCUGAUUACCCCAGCUUCGUGGAAUCUGUGGAUGAGUAUCACUUCGUGGAGCGCCUGUUACCUCCAACCAGCAUCCCAAAGCCCCCAAAGCAUGAACAUUAUCCCACCCCUAGUGGCUGGCAGCCUCCCAGAGAUCCCCCACCCAACCUACCCUACUUCGUGCGGCGCUCUCGAAUGCACAACAUCCCUGUCUACAAGGACAUCACACAUGGCAACCGCCAAAUGACUGUGAUCCGGAAAGUGGAGGGGGAUAUCUGGGCCCUACAGAAGGAUGUGGAAGAUUUUCUGAGCCCACUGCUGGGGAAGACACCUAUCACCCAGGUUAAUGAGGUGACUGGUACCCUUCGAGUCAAGGGCUACUUUGAUGAGCAGCUUAAAGCCUGGCUCCUUGAGAAGGGCUUCUGAAGCCUCCUGAGCAACCUGCAUGGCAUAGUCCCCCACAGACUGGAGUUCAGGGGACCUUGGGAGUUGAAGUGUAUUGGAUCCCCUGGGACAGGAUACAAAAAUCAGGGUUAAGGGCUUGGACAGGGCAGAGUAUAAGGGCUAAAAGGCUGUGGGGCCAGGCCUUUCUUACAUAAAGAGGGAAACAGGUCCCUAUGCACAGGUGUCCAUUAGGGGAAAGCUCUCAAGCAUGAGAGACCCACCUUGAACCACCAAACUAGGAGAGGACAUUAUCUGCUGUCCUUCCCCUCACUGUGGCCUGUUAUUUGGGGCUGGAAAUGACAGCGCAACCCCCUUUGGGGGAGGGUUCACAGGGCAGAGCCUUUGGGCACAUCCUUCCUCAGCCCUCUGGGAGCUCACUGCCAGGAGCAUUCCUGAACCUUUGCUGUAGAUCAGACCUGGCUUGGUCCUGGAGGGUUUGUAAAACACUGUUGACUUCAGCACAGGGUCCUGAGAAAAGCCUUAAGUUCAAGUGCAUUGCUGGGCACCAGAGCAUAGAUAGCCAUGUAGCCCAGGGAGAGGUGGGAAUCCCAGCCCUGGUCCCUGCUCCAUUCCAAACCACUUAGACUUAACUGGGUUUCCAGCUCUAAGAAGUCAAGUGAUUAGCUUUGGCUGGCCUGGCCAGGCCAUAAGAUGGUACUCAGCAGCUCCUUGCAGUCUGGCCGCAAGCCCAUCCUCCCAGCCUGUUGACCUGCAGGCAGGAAGUUGCAGGCCUUUCACUCCUGUGAGUGGUCCACCCAUAGUCAACUAGCCUUCACACUUUCCCCACCCUGGAGUCACCCAGGUCAAAGACCUGAGGUUCCUCCCCGUCCCUCAAAAUGGCUAAGACUGUGUUUGGAUCCUGGCUCUUGGUCUCUGACCUAAGGUAGGGUACUGAUUUCUCUCUGGGGCUCAGUUUCUCCAUAUGCAAAUGGGUAUGUCUUUGUAGUUGUUCAAUAGUCAAGUGUCUACUCCUGGAAAUUAUAGACCAUUAUCAAGUCCAUAGUCUUGGUAAGAAAAAAGGAGCCCAACCCUGAUCCUGACAUAAGCCCCACCAGUCAUUAAUGCAAGUUUUUAUUUGGCCGUAUAUACAAUUUAAGCUAUUAAAAUUUUUACAAUAUUUACAAAUUAAAUAAUCAUCUGAAA